UCGGGUUUCAUUCAUGUGUCUGACAGUACACAAAGAAACUUGGAUAUCGGGGGAAUUUUAGGGAAGGGAUAUGAAUAAAAGAAAAGGGGUCGUAUGUUGUAAGGAGUUCAAGUGCGGAGUUUAAACUAGUGUUUGUAACGCGUCUACACAAUGAUUUCAAUACUCGGGGGCAUCAGCUGGAAGACGUUGACAGGUUCCACGGAUGAUGACUGGAUAGACAGGGCCAACCAUCUAUGGACAGUGUGUCUGCUCCUCCUCUUUGCGGUGGUGGUCAGCUCUGGACAGUAUGUGGGCGAUCCAAUACAUUGUUGGUGUCCGGCGGAGUUCACAGGGACGUUUGUUGCAUACACAAAGAACUAUUGUUGGAUCUCCAACACCUUUUACAUCCCGAUGGACAGUGCAAUUCCAAAGGACAUCGCCACACAUCAGAAGGCCGAAAUCAACUAUUACCAAUGGGUCCCGCUCAUCCUCGUCUUCAUGGCCUUUAAUUUCAAAACGCCAAAUGUCAUUUGGCAUCUAUUAAACACUAAAUCCGGGAUAAACCUUGGUAAGAUUUGUGAACUUACGGAUGGCAUCCACAUCGGAAAACCGGAAGAGAGAAUAGAAAGUGUAAAACAAAUAGCGAAACACUUGGACCGAUGGUUGCGCGAAAACAGAAACUACCAUAGGAAUUUCUUGGUAAGGAUGCGCUCCAAGGUCUCCAAUUUGUUUAUAUGGUGUUUUGCAAAGAGAGAUGGCUAUUAUCUCACAGGGUUUUAUUUGUUCACGAAGAUUUUGUAUUGUGUUAACUGUGUGCUGCAAUUCUACCUUCUUGAUGCAUUUCUUGGGAUGAAUUUUGGAGGAUAUGGGUUCGAGCUGAUCCGGUAUUUUCAAGAGUUUGGGGAAUGGAAGGAAACACCACGGUUCCCGCGAGUAACCUUAUGUGACUUUAAGAUUCGUCAAUUACAAAAUGUUCAACAGUUUACAGUUCAAUGUGUGCUUCCCAUCAACCUGUUUAAUGAGAAAAUUUUUGCUGCCAUCUGGUUUUGGUUGUUUAUCGUUGCUGUUUUGUCGUUUUACAAUUUAGCUUCGUGGUUGUGCUAUUUACUGUUUACGCAUAACAAGGAAAUGUUUGUGAGGAAGUAUUUACGCAUCUCGGGUGAAAUUAAUACUGGAUUUGACAAGAAGCUGUCUCGCCGUUUUGCAAAUGAUUAUCUACGUGAUGAUGGUUGCUUUUUACUGAGAAUGGUCGGUAAAAACUCGACAGACAUAGUUCUCGCAGAUUUGAUGAAGGUUUUGUGGAUUAUGUUCAAGACGCGACCGUUUAAUAACAAGAAAGCACCAGAAUACGGCGUUGAAGAAGAAUCUACUCCAAACAAUCACGAAAAGUCCGAAAAGUCUCCGUUAGAAGAAAAUGGAGUAGUGAAAACUAUGACAGAUGUAUGAAAAUAUUGAAACAGAUGUAAACAGAUUUUUGACAAACUGUUUACACUGAAGGGACCAGUAGUAGAUCUGGGACCAGUUGCCAAACCAACCUGUGUUCUUGUCAUAGCUUGUCAUAUACAUCGUGAGAUCGUAUGCAUUGUAGUGUAAGUAUUUAGGCCAAACAAAUUAUUUCACAUCUCAAAACAAGAAGGACAUUUAUGAAUCAUUCUAAGGUUCAUAAUUCACAACAUAACAUAGUUAGAGUCCUCAUAUCCACAUAUUUUCGCGGGGGUUCUAGAUAGUUUAAUGGAACUAUUUAAGCUGUACUCUCACAGAUUGAACGUUUUGACAACUUUUUUAUAUAUUUUUUGUCUUUGAAUGAACGAUUUUUUGCGUAAAUAUCUGGAACCCAGUGGUAAAAGACUGGUAACAAAAUAUCAGAUCGCAGUUUCUAAUAUUUACGUUCGAAAAUUGUGUGAAAGUUGUGUGGCAAAAAGCGUUACUAACGAACUGACUCAUUAAGAAAAAUGAGUUUUUCGGCAUAAAACAACAAUUGUAUACUUUGACAGUAUUUUUAAUGUUGAAUUCUGCCCAUAAUACAUAGCCAUUAUUGUGCUGUUAAUGAUUUGGUCCUCAUGGCAUUAUAAGCUUAGUUGCGAACAGCAUUUCAAAUUAUUUUACAUGGUAUACUUAUUCUGUGCAGAUAUUUGAAUUGCAUUUGAUCUGUUCGACAGAUUUUUAGCAUUACAUUUGUAAAAACAUAGUUUACACAACAUGCCUUUUCGAAAAGUAAUUGUAUGAUAUAAUGUUUCUUUACAUACGAUACAUACCAUUUGUGUCUCAUACGGUGUUGUUAGGCGGUAAGGAAACAAUGCUCAAAACUGUUGUGUGCCUUUUAGAAAAUUCUUCCAUCCUCAUUUGAUAAGGUUAUAAUUCAUUUUAUAAUUUCGUGGCCGAUUGCCCAGAACUUUGUUAAAGUUAACAACAUUUGGCCGAUUGUCCAUUACUUUGUUAAAGUUAACAACACUGGGCCGAUUGUCCAGAACUUUGUUAAAGUUAUCAACAUAGGGCUGAUUGUCCAUUACUUUGUUAAAGUUAACAACAUUGGGCCGAUUGUCCGUUAUUUUGUUAAAGUUAACAACACUGGGCCGAUUGUCCAUUAAUUUGUUAAAGUUAACAACACUGGGCUGAUUGUCCUUUACUUUGUUAAAGUUAACAACAUUGGGCAGAUUGUCCAUUACUUUAUUAAAGUUAACAACACUGGGCCGAUUGUCCAUUACUUUGUUAAAGUUAACAACAUAGGGCCGAUAGUCCAGAACUUCGUUAAAGUUAUCAACAUAGGGCCGAUAGUCCAGAACUUCGUUAAAGUUAUCAACAUAGGGCUGAUUGUCCAUUACUUUGUUAAAGUUAACAACAUUGGGCCGAUAGUCCAGAAAUUUGUUAAAGUUAACAACAUAGGGCCGAUAGUCCAGAACUUUGUUAAAGUUAACAACAUUGGGCCGAUAGUCCAGAACUUUGUUAAAGUUAACAGCAUUAGGCCGAUAGUCCAGAACUUUGUAUAAGUUCACAACACUGGACCGAUUGUCCAGAACUUUGUAUAAGAUUUGAGACAAUUGUUAACAGAUGUACAUGUUUUAUUUAAAUAUAUGAAAUCUUCAGACAAGAAUUCACCUUACAAAAUUCAACAUUGGUAUCGUUAAUCACAUUAUUAUCUUUUAAAAAACCCUAUUCUGAACAAUCGGCCCUCUGUUAGAUAUACUUUUGUAGUUGUAAAUGGUAAUUUGACAUGUUUAACAAAAAAUACAACAACAUUUCCUUGUAGUAAUUGUGUAUGUCCUGUCCUCUGAUAGUUUGAUUCUAUCUCAACUAUACGCUCCAGGGAGCUCCUGGAAACAGUUUGUGAAAACAACAGAUGUUCACUGUCUUCAAAAUUGAAUGAGUCAGACGCCGGGAGCAAGGGAACAAGCGAGCUCCCUGAUAUGCGCAGUUAUAAUGUUUAACGAAUUUUCUAGAUUUUCCCACAGUAUAGGAGUCCAUGACUCAGGUUUCAUUUCGAAAUCAUUUUGUAUACGUAUCAUGCACUUUAUAUUUUAUUUGGAUGGUUGUAAACAUUCUAAAAAUGUUCUUUAUGAAAUUAAUACAACAUUAUACAUCAGUUUUUAGACAUUAGCUUAUUUUGUUUUGGAUGGACUCAAGAUAUCUGGAGGGUUUUUUUCCGUCUUAUAUAAUAAUACAUGUUUAUAUGUUUCAUGUAUAUGUAAUAUGUUAUGCGAGGAUCUUAAAACAGUGUUACUUUGGCUGAAUAUGUUUUACACGUUGUUUUGUUUGAUGUUCAUAUUGAGCAGAAACCUAAGGCGGCUUGUUCAGAACUUUGUUAAAGUUAACAAUGUGAUUAACGACAUAGUUGUUAACUUUUGCAGAUAAACUAUUUUGGUGUGUUCUUAUAUUUCAAUAGAACAAGUAGAGCUAAGACAGAUAUCUAUAAUCCUAUCAGAAAUACUGCAGAUCAUAAGAGUGUCCAUGAAUGUGUCAGAGUAGUAAAUAUUUAAACGUUAACAACCUUGACGUUAACAACGUCGUCAACUCUCACAAAUUUCUGAAAAUGGCCAUGUUCGGAAUGGUACGAUAUAUCGCGGGCUUAGUGCAAGACGGGUGUAGCUCAAUAUAGAAACAGAAGGCGCUUCUUCAGCCUUGCCCUAAGCCCACCAUAUGAUUGUUCGUGAUAACCAAUACUAUAUUCGUGUACAAACAUCUUGAUUCAGAUCUUAACCGUUUUGUGGCUUUGUGCUUCUCUGGGGUUUCUGUUUCACUUCUUUUGUUUUACUUCAUUUUGACUGAGGUUUUCGUUACAACCUAAUGAAUGCUGUUCGUCUAGACUUUGUAUCUGUUUGUAAAUGAUAGUACUAAGGUCUGUGUAAACCUUAAUUAAUUUCAGCAGCAUUUUGCAUAUAAAGAUUUGUUUAGUCAUAAGAUCUACAUGCAAAGAAAUGCGUUGUAAUUAAUUCCAAAGCAUUACAUAAAUUUGUACGCUUUUUAUAUAUAACAAUUUUUAAACGUGGAGAUUUAAACAUGUUUAGAAAAAAUUGCUUCAACUAUUUGUAAGAAUAAAUGUCAACUUAUGUGAUAUUGUAAAACCAUUAUGUAGCUUUAUUUACCUUUGAUAUUACUUUUUUAACCUGAAAGAAAAUUAUUAAAACUUCUUUAAAACCCAGACAAUCAAAGAACAUCUAUUGAUGAAUAAGCUUCUAGGCCAAAGGUUGUAAUAACCAUUUAUAAAAUGAAUAUCCCUUGUUAAAGUCAGGCAAUGAAUUACGACAUUACAGGUCAAAUACAUGAUUUUCUUAAGAACUUUAAGAUACUUUCGGGUAUGGAAACUUCAGAAAUAUCUGAUGGCAAAAAUAUACAUAUACAUGCAGUUCUAACAAACAGCAAUAACAAGAACAAACAUAAGCGAACAGUUGAAUAUAAGUUUUUAAAGUGCCUUAAGAUUUCCUUGUAUAUUGAGAACCAGCGUUAUACAUUUUUUUUUCAGACCGAGAGAUCCGUGAUUUAUUUAGAACAUGUUCUUAUGCUUAAAGGUGUCAGUGGACUGGUCCUUUCUUGGGAGGUGUGGCACUAUGAUAAACACACACUUUACUAGCUUCUAUACGGAAUAUUCAGAAAUCGACAUGUCAUCUGUAACUGUACAAUGUCCCUUAGUCUUUUAAUAUCCUGAAUAUGAAACUAUAGUUGAAAUCUCAUAAACGAGUGUGUAUUAAAAUAUUUCUGUGUACUAACAAACGAUAUAAUGUCAACAAAAUAUACAUUUAUUAAGAUCUCAAACAUUUGUGCCAAGAAUUUUAUUCAUGAUUUAAUGAUAACUGUGUUAGCUCCAUGCAUGUAUACAUGUUUAUUUAAGAGUAUUAUUGGUAUAAGUCAUGUUUCUCUUAGUCAGUAGCUAGCGGGAAAGUGUUUCAUGUUGCGACCACUGUUAUAAUGGUGAAUUGUCUCUUUAACUGUUUUUUUUUUGUAUUUCAUAAUCAUAUGAUGUAAAAUAAACUAUGCUAAAACUAA